AUGGCGGCCGUUGGAGCGGCCGUGUACUUCAGAGGGUUGAGGUUCAAGAAUUUCUGCUUCUUCCCAUCUUCUCCCCAUCGAUGGGGAAGCCGGAGUCUGCUUUUCCGUUCCGGUAGCAACGCCGCCUCCCUUACCUCGAUCUCCGCCAGCGGCGCCCAGAGCGCGCAGACCCAGACCAGGGCGCCGGCGGAGAGGCCCCAGACGCAGACGAGGAAGAACGCUGAGGAGAGCUCACAGGGCUACGAAUCCGUCAUCGGCAUUGAGACCCACGUUCAGCUCUCCACAGUCACCAAGGCCUUCUGCGCCUGCGAAUACUCCUAUGGCUCCCCGCCGAACACCACCGUCUGCCCCGUCUGCAUGGGUCUGCCCGGCGCGCUGCCAGUGCUGAACACGAAGGUCGUCGAGUUCGCGGUUAAGCUGGGCCUCGCUCUCAACUGCAAGCUCUCGUUGACUUCCAAGUUCGAUCGGAAGCAGUACUUCUACCCCGACCUCCCAAAGGGCUAUCAGAUCUCUCAGUUCGACGUCCCCAUCGCCACCAGAGGAUUCAUCGACCUGGAUCUCCCGCUUGAGUUCGGCGGCGGGCAUCGGAGGUUCGGCAUAACGAGGGUUCACAUGGAGGAAGACGCAGGGAAGCUGCUUCAUUCGGAAUCUGGAAGCUACUCGCAGGUGAGAGAAUAUGAAUCCUUUCCGCCAACUCCAGCUGCCUCAUUUCCUAAUUUGGAACUGUUCCUCUCCCACAGGUAGACCUCAACAGAGCUGGCGUCCCUCUGCUCGAGAUCGUCUCCGAGCCGGACAUGAGGACUGGCAUCGAGGCUGCAGAGUACGCCGCAGAGUUGCAGAGGCUGGUGCGCUACCUGGGAGUGAGCAACGGGAACAUGCAAGAAGGAUCUCUUCGCUGUGACGUGAAUGUAUCUGUUCGUCCAAUCGGGCAGUCAGAAUUUGGAACCAAGGUCGAGAAGAUCCUACCUUCAAACCCUAAUUAUAUGCCUAGCUACAUGUUCAUCUAACUCGUUCGAGUCCUUCAAGGUGGGUAGGUGGAGGUCAAGAAUAUGAAUUCGUUCUCCGCCAUGAGCCGGGCGAUAGACUUCGAGAUCUGCAGGCAAGUUACUCUCCACAAGCAAGGCCAGGGGGAUCAGAUCGUCCAGGAGACCCGGCUCUGGGACGACGGCUCCCAGGUUUGCCCUCGAAUCUACCCUUCAACCUCCCAAUUUCCCUGUUCCUUCCUCCUGAAUUUGAUCUCCUGGCGUCUUUCUUUCUUGUAGAGAACAGUCACGAUGAGGAAGAAGGAAGGGCUGGCCGAUUACAGGUACUUCCCGGAGCCCGAUCUCCCUGAGGUCGUCCUCUCGAGCGAGUACGUGGAGGCCAUCCGGGCAUCGUUGCCGGAGCUCCCGGAGGCGAAGCGGCGGCGCUACGAGCAGAUGGGCCUCGGCAUGCAGGAUGUCCUCUUUCUCGCCAACGACGUCGCCGUGCGUUCUUCCCCUCCGUGGGUUCCGCUCUGCCCCCGUCGUGGUCUCGGGCCGUGGACUUACGAGCUUUCUCCGCUGACUUUUAGGUUGCUCAUUUCUUCGACUCCGCUGUCGAUAGUGGCGCCGACGUGAAAAUGGCCGCCAACUGGAUCAUGGGCGACAUCGCGGCAUUCCUGAAGAGCGAACGUCUGUCGAUUGGUGAGAUCAAGCUGACCCCCCGGGAGCUCGCCGAGCUGAUAUCUUCCAUAAAGGGCGGAACCAUCAGUGGGAAGAUGGGGAAGGAGGUAUUCCUCAGCUUGGUCCCCCUGGUUUCAGGCCAAAAAAAUUACGUGGAUCAUGCAAUAGAGUUGCAGAAAUCAUAGCUUUUAUUUUCGUAAUGUUGUCACAUGUUUUCGCAGAUUCUCGUCGAGCUCAUAACCAAAGGAGGGACGGUCAAAUCUCUGAUCACGGAGAAGGAUCUGGUUCAGGCGCGCAGCUUCUACUUACUAAUUUCAGCAUUUUUUUCCUUUUUAAGAUGUCUGUGAAGAACGAUGGGGCAACCCCAUUUCUUCGUUGUGGGGGAGAGAGAGAAUAACCGGAGCUUAUCCUCUUCCGCCUGCAGAUUGUAGAUCCCGCCGCCAUUGAAGCGUUGGUGGAGAAGGUGAUCGCGGAGAACCCGAAGCAGCUGCAGCAGUACCGCGGGGGCAAGACAAAGCUGCAGGGCUUCUUCGCCGGCCAGGUGUGGACAGAAUCGGCUCGGAAACCCUUCUCUUGAUGCUCACAGUAGAGAGAGAAAAUAGAGAGAGAGAGAGAGUCGGUCCCGCUCAGUUCUUCUCCUCCUUGUCUGCAGGUGAUGAAGGAGUCGAAGGGCAAGGCAAAUCCGGCGCUUUUGAACAAGAUCCUCCUGGAGAAGUUGAAUGCCGAGAGCAGCUGA